GAACUGGCACCGGACGGACACGGACAAACCAACACGUGUAGUGUGUACUCGCGCGCGAUUUCCCUUUCGCUGCUUCUUCUUGCGUUGGGGGUUUUGGUGAAGGUGGGUGUUUUUGGAGCAGAACCGUGCAAUUCGAAGGGGUUCUUUGGGUGGUGGUGUGGGAGGUUGUAGUUGUAGUGGGCGGCAAGGUGCUUUGUCCCAAGUGGCCACACCAUCGCAGCGCAAGUUGGAUGUUCUUGUGUUCCUGGUCCUAGACCUUAGAAGAAGGAACACGGCAAGAGGGCUUCCCCGAAGGGAUUCACGAGUGGGGAGGAAAGUGAGGUUAUUAAGGUUAAUUCUAUGCACAUUUCGUACUGGUGCUGCUGCUUUGCUAGCUCUCCGGUUGACGGGUGGUGAUUUUUGUGUUCGGAACGGUCUGUGUUUGGAGUGCAUAUCGACGUGCUUCAUUCCGGUUUACUUCCGGUAAAGGAGGAAUCGUUGAGUGAGCGAGUGAGUGAAUGAAUUCGGGUGUGUGUGCUCAGCUAAGCUUAGCUGCUGCUGUCGAAUGGUGGUCGACGUGGUCUGUUAUGGAGUACGAAACUACGUGUUAGCUGCCCAUAUCCGACUGGGUGCUAAUGAUCUAUUGGCUGUUCUGUUGGAAAAUCCUGAGCAAAUUUAGUGUUUCCAGCCACGUUCUCCUGCUGGGUGAAAAGUGUGUUGUUAAUUGUAUAUUGCACUGCCAGUGGUUGUUCGUUUAGUCGCUGCAACUUAGCUUCGACUAAAGUUAUUGCCGUAGGAAGAGCUUGAAGCUUGGAUGGAUGCUCUUGGGUUGUAUGUGGCAACUUCCGGUCCGAGAUGAUGGUGUGAAGUUAAUACGACACGAUAGAGAGUGGCAGCAGAACCACCAGAAGACGUGAACAGUAUACCCAUUUCACCGGGAAAAGACCGGAGCAAGGGAUCCAGAUCCAGUCCUCCUCACAUACAAAACACAGGAUAUAAAUAAAUAUGAAACCCAAGGGUUCAGGCAAGGGGAAAAAAGUGGUGCUGUAAACGAAAGCCGCUGCAGCAAACGUGGAAUGAUUUAUUAAUUGCUUUCGGUCGACGUGCAGUGGAAAAAAUAAAUCAAGUCUCGCUCCACCAUUCCCAGGUUCAGGUCCUAGUGUGUCCCAACUCGUUUCGUUCCGUUCCAUUUCGGGGUCUCUUCCAGUGCUGAGGACCAGUGAAAAAUGUGCUACCGAGAAAAGAUCCUACAGGAAGACCCACAAUGAAAGCAUAAUAACAACAACCAUGUAAAAGUGAACGAACCGGCAGUGCCCCGAAAAUAAGAGGAGCAUUGUGAGGGAAAACCCCAUCCAAAAAAAUCAACCCCACUUAGGGGAAUGAGCCAAACUGGUGUGCAUAUAAAAAAUUUGGCUCCCACAAUUUCAUCCGCUUUAGUACCCGCGGACGAAUUCCCCCGCGGCAACAAAUAAUGAAUGUGUGAAAACAUCCAAAACGUAAAUAAACUCGCUCUCACAGGCUGGGAAAAGGAAUUCAACAAAGCUAGUUGGUCGUGAAAUUGGCAAAGAUUGUGAAUAAAAUAGCAAAAUACCAACUACAAAAAUACAUUUCGCGGCACCAUCACGUUUAUCUGCUCCAGCGGCCCUUGCUUUUGGAAUAUUAUUCAUGAGAAUGCAGAGUCAGCAUUCACAGGAGCAGCAGCAGCAGCAGAUGGCCGUCACAUGUCGGCGUCAUCGUUCUGGGCAUAAUUCUGAUACGACGAGGCGUUACUCCGAAACUAGGCCCUGAAAAACAAUAAACCGGAAUCUGAGCCCCCAGAAAAGUGAUAGGUUUGAAGUGCGGUUUGCGGGGGUGGACCAUAAAUUGCUACCGUUGAGUAGUGUUUACGCUUCUCCGGGCACACAUGUACUAUUAAUUGAAUACAAAGCACAGACACAGCCCAGCCAGAAUCCGGGCGAAUGGCAACCCGCUUCUGAGUACGUGAGUGAAAUUAAUUACAAAAAUGUCAUUCUGAAACCGACGCGUCGCUUCAACCCCUCAAAAAAAAACAUCGCGCUCGUGGCGUCGGCGUUGUGAGUGGAAGCUAGCUAUAUUAUUGAACGGUUUUUGUAGCUCCCGACCGGAAGUGUGAAUCGCAAAGAAGACGCGCAAAAAGGAAACCAAAAAACAGAACAGAUCAUUUAAAAAAAGAAAAAUGGCGGCUCACCCCCCAACGUUAUCGAUUUCAAGCGGGAAUUAUUGAUGUGCACGCGGCGCCUCCAGUGACAGCAUCAGUAGCAGAGAGUGGAGGAUUAACGCAAUCAUUUAAUUAUCACUGUGCAGAGAAGUUUGUCACACCCCCAAAAGCGCAACUAUGAACAACACCAAGCUGAGACUGAUUGCAUCAUUGAUUAACUUUUUUGUGUUUGCGGUGGCAGACACCCUCAGUCCGGACAUGCAAAUGUACUGGGAAAACAGCUUGGUGCAGCCAUACUUCGACAACACGACCAGGCGGGAAAUUACGGCCAUCGCAGGGCAAACGUGUCAGCUCCAUUGCCGGGUGAAAAGUCUCGGGGAUCGGGCGGUAUCGUGGAUACGGAAGCGCGAUCUACAUAUCCUUACCGUUGGCAUUCUGACGUAUACCAACGAUCAGCGCUUCCAGUCCCUGCACACCGAUGGCAGCGACGAGUGGACGUUAAGGAUAACGUCACCGCAGGCACGUGACUCGGGCGUCUACGAGUGCCAGGUGUCGACGGAACCUAAAAUCAGUCAAGCCUUCCGGCUUAACGUUGUCGUGUCGAAAGCCAAAAUCCUUGGCAACACCGAGCUGUUCGUCAAGAGCGGCAGCGACAUCAACCUGACGUGUGUGGCCCUUCAGUCGCCGCAGCCGCCCUCCUUCAUCUACUGGUACAAGGGUGGGCGGGUCAUCAACUACUCGCAGCGGGGCGGCAUCAGCGUUCUGACCGAGCAGCAGACACGCACCAGCCGGCUGGUCAUAGCACGUGCCUCGCCGUCCGAUUCCGGCAACUACACCUGCUCGCCGAGCAAUUCCGACUCGGCAAGCGUAGUGGUCCACGUCAUCAAAGGAGAACAUCCGGCAGCCAUGCAGCAUGGAGUAAACCGAGCCAUUUCCCGGCAUAAAGUCGAACACAUCAUCGAGGUCCUCGUCAUCGUUACGGUAUGCUUCCAACUGCUCGGUUUCCAUCAGCGAACAUCCAGUGCGCUUCCCCCGAUUAGUAGCAGUAGUAGUAGAUAAGACUCAUCGUUAGAGAAAACAAAUUCCAAACGCCGUCGCAUCGUUUCGACUGCUAUCUCAACAAACUUUUCAUCACGGUUACGGUUUAGUUUGCUUAUUGCUGCUCCAAUCCAGCUCCGCAUCCGGUUUAUUUUCGAUGCGGUAGCGUAAAAUCUGGCAAAUCAUAAUUACCGAGAAGCCGAGCUACAUCAUCAGCUAGUUUUGCAGCUUCUGAUCCAAAUUAUAAACCCCAAAAAUCAGAACCGACCAGCAGCCCCAUCACAACAAGGACGUUCUGCCACUCACUCACACGUUGAACACUUUCCCCCCAAACCCAUCACAAACAUAUCUCAACCAUGACCCGGCGACUUCCGGAAGCCGUGUGAAAGGCACUCCCCUUCGUCUAGAUCCGGAUCCGGUGUAAUUUGGAUCCCUCUUGGCAAAAAUGUCACCUUACAACACAUCACAGAAGCAGCACCGAGACCACCUUUACACAGCGAAUGCAGCAAUGGACGACGACGACGACGAUGAAGGCAGAAACAGCAGAAGCGAAACGUCAGCCGAUGCCAACUCAUUUCACUCACAGGAGGGUGUGGCGAGCUUGCUGCUGUCCCAUUCAAAAAAGAGGGCAGGAGCCGGGAAAAGCGUCAACCUUCUGCAGCUGAUGGAAACCCGAGAUAAAUAGGAAUCUCAAGAUCCAAACAUCAUCCUUAGGACCAGUAGGACAGGACACUAGCUGACGUUCAUCGAAGAUCCACACCAUUCAGUCCAGGCCAGGUACAGGAAGUGCCUCGGUAGGUACACCACAAGCCAUCUAUCAAUGUCGCCUACCCUGAAAGGAAAGGAAAAAAAUGGCCGAGGCAGCAAAAGGACAGCAAGCUUUCCGUCAAAAUGUAAACAUGCUCCCCUGUUUCUUGUCUGCUGCUGUGAUGGGUCGUCGUCCCCAUCUUUCGGAUACACCUUCUUCGCAGUCAGUUUCUUAUCAUCGGGGGUCCAACCAAACACCUGAACAGCCUCCCUGCUUCCAUUCUCCCAUUGAACCCCCAAUGUUUCAUUCAUCUAGAGAUCCCGACCUACCGUGCGUGGUAAGAAGCAACCGAGGAGAUCGACAAAAUCACCGGAUUGGGUAUCCCAGUCCAGCCCAGGACAAGAAGCGAGCGAUACCUACGCUGCUUAGAAAAUCCGAUACAACUAUACCCAUAAUAGAAAUGGUGGUGCCGAAAAGACAUGACAAAGCUGAAACUCGUGGCCCGGCUUAGCUGCGGCGAGAGAUAAUUGAGGACAUGUAUUUUAUAAUGAUGGAUGGCAAUCUUCUCCAUCCUCUAGCUAAACAGGAUAUACUGAGAUGGAUAUUUGCAAGGGGGAUGCUGUGCUGUUUUUGUGUUGUGUUGCGUUGCUUUGCACGCGUGUGUGUGGGUGGAUGAUCUUGGUGGGAGGUAUGGGACGUAAAAACCGCAGCCCGCAGUGAACCGGUAUAGAUUGUUGUUUAAAAGUUUAAUCUGCCCUUGAACUCCUCCCUACCCUUUAGCUAAACAAACUGCUAAAUCCGAAAAGAUUAGUGUGCUGUUUUUUACCCCGAAAACCAUGAGUGGGAAUUGCGUUAUUGAUGGCUCAUUAGAGACGGGUUUUGAAAUUGAACUUUUUGUCAAAGAUUUCGAAAGGUAAUUUUAUUGGGUAAAAUUCUAUGAAAGAAAUUACCUAGAAUCGAAAAAAGUGAUGUGAAAUGAAACCUACAGAUAACAAACCAUACAAAACAUAAUGAAUUAACAUCACAGUUAUUUUGGAAAUACCUAAACUUAUUAUGACCUGAACAUUAGACAAGUUUUGAAAAAAAAAUCGAACUCACAUACUAGGGUGGCAACGGAUGUAUAUGAAAAAAUUUAUGAUCGCAUUUUGAAAACCGACCUUAUACAUCUUGUAGAUUGGUCCUUAAAAAGUGACCUUUGCAAACUUCACCGACAUUGCAUCCACUUUAAAGUCAUUCGGCAUCAACAUUUAAAUUCCUAUUUUCCGAAUGUACUUUAUUUACUAGUCAGAAAUUUUUCAUUGACAAGUCUCGCCUGGUUGUUCCGGCAUAAUGCCAUGAGAAAAACAUUGUUACCUUGUCAUUAAUUCGAUCAAACAGAAAAUUUUCAAUAAUUUUGAAGAACAAGCUUAAAGAAACAGUUAUCUUAAAUAGCCAUGGUUCAGAAAUUGGUUGAGUAUGCAAUUAAGAUGUCCAACGUGACACCCAAAACUUUUGGUUGAUGUCCUGUUUAUUGGAAGAUAUCACGGAAAUCACGAUACAGAUUGUCAGACAAUUUGUUUAAAAUAAUAAUGUUAAUGUUAUAUAUACAUUACUUGGUGAUUUGACUGAAAAUUAGUAGAAGUAAAGUUUUUUUCGAGUACAAUCCUUUCUAGGAAUUCCAGGAGAAUGACAAAUUUCAUUAAGCAACCAAACAAUAUUAUCCAAAUAUCUUUUUGCAAUAACCUAUUCGCCAAUGCAGAAUUUCAUCGCCAUUUCCCACAGAUGAUGGCAUAAUGUGUUAGUAGGAUGGGUUGAAUUGCAUUUUUUUUUUCGAAUUUCAAAAUGCUUGUAAUAUAAAAAUACUCCUUUUUGGUCAAACGAACUACGUAAUUUUUGCAGAUUUUUAGAAUGAAAUUAAAUAACCCGUGUUUAGAUUUAAAAUUUAAAUGUAAAAAAAAGCGCGAAAAUUUGUUCGGAGAUUGCAAAUUUUUUUAAGUUUUUUUUUUUUGAAAAUUUAGUUCCCACGCGCUGCAGGGCUUAGUCAAAAUUGUUUUGAUUACAACUUUUCCGAAGACUACAAAGCAGUAAGAGCUGAGUUGGCAACUCAGUUGCUUCCUUAGCCGAUGUUCCUGAGUUCGAGCCCAAGAGUAAACGUCGAACGCAGUUGUACCGGAUAAGUUUUUCAUAGACGAUCCACCAACAGCAGUGUUGAUAUAAGUCGUAAAUGACAUAAAGAUGUCAAAACGACUAUAAUCGAAUUAUAAAAAAAGAAUAGUUAUAGCGUCCCAAACAGAGCACUCUUUUUUCAUGUAUACAGGGUCCGGUAAUUGAAGUGCUACAUACUAACUACUAAUUUGAUCAAGACAAAAACUUUUUCUUUAAAAUUUAAUACGGUUUACAUCAAAACAGAUCAUAUUUUCAAAAUCCAUUGGCGCCUUUCGAUUUUUUUUUGUCCUUGAGCUUAACCUCUAUUCUAUUAAAUUGAAUAUAUUUUAUUUAUAGAGGAUUUUAACCAACUUGGUCAUUCGUCCUCUUAGCUUAAACACUCGCUGCAGAAGCUCAAGGCACAUAUUCUAAAAAGCUCGCAGGUGGUUUUUGUGGUAUUUUAUCCCAGGAUUCAACUAGUUUAGCGCUUCAGAACUUCCAACCCGUCAUGUUUUGUAGAGUAGACUCCGGGCUUCUGUAUACCUCAGACAGCCAAGUCCAUAGGGUUCAGGUCCGGCGAACUCCUCGGCCACUCCGUACUCGAAAUUAACCCUCGAAAAAAAAUUCGCACACAAAAAUUGGGACCUCUUUCCUUCGAAAGCCUAUGCGAAGUUGUGUUGAAAAACCACCAACCAAAACCAAAAUUAGGACGUAUCCACAGUUCGAGGACAUGCCGUAGAACUAUUUUCGAUACGUAAAUUGAUUGAUCUACACCUCUUCAGGGUGUUCGGUUGAUCUUCACCAAGAAAGUACGGGCGAAUCCGACCCAGACCUUUAAUAAGACAGAUUUCUGUAGUCUUGUGGCCUUUAAUAUGUUUGCAUAGGUUCGUGAUCUUUCUGGCAAUCAAAAUCUGUAGUUCUGUUUCUUCACGAACCGCUGUACGGCGACGAAUUCAUCGGCAGAAAACACUAUAUUCUCCAAACUUUUCAUGCGCGGCCCGCGUAAGCUGCGCCUUCGCCCUUUCUACCCGCUCUUGCUUCUGUUCAAACGAGAGAUCUUGAAAUCUUAGGAUCUUGUAAGGCUAAGAUUUCAAGACAUAAAGAACAUCUUCCAAGAUCCGACGGCGAUUUUGAUCCGGUGUAUUAGAAUCUAUCGCCAAUUUAGUGUUACUACGCCAAAAAUUCUCUCAGGGUGCAUCUUGAUGAUCUUCACCAUGGUAGGUGUCGCCACUGUAGCUUGAUGAUCCCCACCAUACUAUACUUGGGUACUUCUGAUCUCCAAAUAUCUCUCAAGUGCAAGCAAACAUUUAAAAAAAUACAUACACUCAUUGGACAACUCACGAAAUAUGUCUUCCUACCGUUUCACAGCCUGGAACUAGACAAUCAGAGCACAACGUUAAGGUUCGAGGACUAUUUUUACAAAAAAAAAAAAAACACUUGAUAACAAAAUUAACAAAAAUAUCCUCUGACAUCUUAGACAUAAUGUUAACAAGGUGACAAGGUGUCAUCUAACUCGGUUUUGUAUACUUCGAAAUAAUCACUCCUAAAGUUUUGUAGCAGUUCAAUUGCCAGACCCUGUAGAACCUAGCAAAACGCCAAAUUUUCCGUCCAAUUUUAAGUAAUAUCAUUUUAAUUAGAAACUUAUUGGUAUGGUUUUGGAAUUGAAAUGUUUUGAUGGAAUGAUCUACAUGAAAUGCUCUUGCAUAAGCAAAAAAUUAUAAAAGUAACCAGAAAUUCAGAGUACAAAUAUGAACUCACAAUAAAUUGUACAAAUCAAAUUUUGAAUCAAGUUAAGGCAUUCCUAUUCGCGUAGCUUCUUUGGUUCGAACAAAUACAUGUCUUUUUUUCAAGAGGAUUAUACCUUGUCUAAGGCCUUCGGCACCAUUUUGACCAAUCGCUCGAUUCCUUGGCUAUGACAUGGCUAGUUCUACACAACCAUUAUGCUAACUUUGACCCAGCAAACAUUUUUGUAGCUAUAAUUUUCAACAACUUUGUUAUACGUUUCGUAUUCAUUAUAGAAUGAUUGAAUAAAAUCGAAUUGUUAACUCAAUAACAUCACAAUUACAAUAAAAAUUCAUAAAAACAGCACUUAGCUACCAAAGUGGAGGACGUAUACAAAAAUAUUUGAAACUUUUGGCUUAAACGAAAAGAACAAUUCAAAAUGAAAAAUAUUCAACACCUUAUUUGUACAUACUGAUAGAACGCAAGAGAGCACAAGUUUUUGCUCUCAACGUAUGAAAAUCGUUGCAAGCGACAAUAUGUCUGUUCAGUGAAGUCUGGUUGAAAAUAGUAGAAAUGGAUUGACAGUUGAUCAACUGUCUCUUUCCAAUUGACUUCGACCGAUUUCGAACAAAACAUUAUAGGAUCAUUGAACAACAGCUAGUUGCCAGAAACCAGUUAAACCAAUUUUUACAAAUUAUGAUUGAACGAAGCUAAUAUAUGCUGCCUCUCUCAUUGAUUUGUUUGUUUUUAGACUCUAGACAAGUCUAGAGUUUGUUUUGAUUUAAAAAAAACAUACACCGUCGUGUAAGAAAUCUGACUUGUUUUGAAAGUAUCACAGUUGAAGUUUUGUAAUUUUUUUUCAAGUAUUUGGAAUACCGCUCAGAUAUGGCUGGAAAUUUGGUAUGCGAUGUAAAAAUAGAUUAGAAAGAGACUGGUGUAAUUUGAUUUAGGCUUAAAUGUGGUUUUUCGAAAAAUCAUGCACUUACAACCUUUGGCAUUACAUAUUUGGCGCAAACGUCGUUUACCUCACUUGUUUCAAGAACUAUAGAAUUUCACUUUAAUAUGGUCAUGAAGCAAAUACUGUUAUGUGAAUUGGAAGAAAACUUCAUGAGGCAAAUUUACAGGCACCUCAAAAUAAAGCAUAGAAAAAAUGACUUACAUACAUUUAAAUUUUGGACCAUUUUUUGGGUCCACGAGGGUGAUAUGCGCUCUCCAGAAUCUUCUUUUUCUGCGAAACGCACGGUUGGUGAAGAUUUGAACAGGGCGUUCAAAUCUUCACCAAACUUUAAUAACAAAUUCCGUCGAAAUUGUUCAAAUUUUCUACAAUAGCCAAAGCCAUUUCUGAAAACAUGCAUAAACCAUACACCACUUGAAAAUAGUCAUUAUGCGCCCUAAAUUCAAACCAGUUUUAAAAAGUUAUUUAUCAACCAAAAAAAUCAAGAUUUUACGUACCGUAAGGUGGGGUAAUAUUGAUCACUUUUUUCACUAUAUUUCGAUUAUUUUUUCUGAUAAGGGGAAUGUGGCAUGUUUUAUAUUUUUAAAUGUUUUAUAUUUUAACUCGGUUUCAACGAGUUUUCUUGAUCAUAAAGGAUACAAAACACCUUCAUAAUAUUUUCAAAUGCAAAUUUAUCAAUUUAACCUUGAUUUUUAACGUUUUAUUUUAAAAAUAUUUGUAAUCAAAAAAAGAACUAUGAUGCUGCCUACAUUGAGGGGCAAAAAUAAUUAUAAUUGCUAAAUAGUUUGAGAUUCGAAAUACAAAUGAAAUUUUACCAUCAUGCAUUCCCCUAGGCCCUCCCACUAUUUAAAUUUUCAUUUUUUCUUCAAUUUUAUCAAUUAUCCAUUUUUCCAAUGCGGACUUACUCUUGGAAUAUGUCCUUAUUUUUUAAAUAUAAAAAAAAUUAUUAUUAAAUGUUUAUUAUUAAAUGACUCAAAAAUAGCACUAUAACUGUUCAAAUACAAAGAAAAAAGAUGUCCUUUCACAUCAAGCAACCCGUUUGCUUUUAAAUGCUUUUUGGUAUCAUCAUGAGAGCUGUUUGUUGCAAGCCUUGAAAAAAUAGAUAUUUUAAGAUGUUGAAAUUAGAUUUUUUACUAAAAGAAAAAAAAUUCAAAUACAAACCAAAUUUUGCCUGUCUGACACCCAAUUAAUAGGCUUUCAAACGUAGAAAACAGUUUUCAAAAAUUCAAACUAUAGACUGAGUUAUUGCUAAUAAUGUGGAAAAGAUUAUUGUUCGUCAAAUUUACCUCGGUGAUCAAAGUUACCCCGUUUUACGGUAAUUCAAACCUCAUGUUUAUCAAUCAUUGCCACCAAUAACUCAAUUAUGUUUAUAUUGGUUCAUACGACCUCAUCAAAACUAAAUCCAGAAUUCUUUCUAAUACACCAUCGGUUUGUUUGGCAAUCUGGAAGCACUUCUGGACGCAGAGAGAACAACAAGACAGUUUUCUCAUUUGAAUCACUGCUUGAAUCUUCAGAAUCUGAAAACUAGGCGAACUUUUUAUCAUAUUCGAGUUAAACUGGCUUCAAGUAACCAUUUUUACGAUCUUUAGCUCAUUUGGUAGAAAUUGCGAUUUCCAGUAACGUUGUUCACGAUUUCAAGGUUUGCUUGGGAACUGCUUUGAUUUUUCAAUCCAUGUUAUGCUCUCCCGAAUUGAAGGAACGUGAUUUUGCUGUAGGGUGAAGUGUUCCUAUAUGCGCAUAAUUGGUAAUGCGCGCAUUCAGCUAAUUGACAAAUUGACUGAUGAAUCAUCAUAUCUAAUCAGUCCAGUUUAAGCAAAACACGCUUUGAACAAAUGACAUGAACAAAAUAAAAUAAAAAUAAUAAAAAUAAAAAUAAUAUAAAAAAUUUAAAAAAAGGUUUUGCCAGCUUUUGAUUAUACUCAAAUUCCGGAAAUUGGCUAUUUGACUACUUUUAUUAAAAAUAAUUUUCUCAAAAACAGUAAGAGCUUUCAAUUUUAAAAUUGCACUAAUUAAUGUUUAGAAAUAUGUUGUUGAAUUUUAUCGACGUUUUUCGGCGAGUUUUACAAAUUAAAAACUGUUUUUUACCAGUUGUCCAGACGUUUCGAGCUACUUUGUCAUUCGCUCCUCUUCAGUGGACACUAAAAUAUAUUUAAAAUAACAAUUCAAUGCUACAAUUACAAUUUUUGAUUUCAAACUUACAAAUUACUGGCUUUCGUCCAUACUAAUUUGUUCUGACUCAGUUUGUUUUGUUUUUCGUUUACAUUUGUGUGUCAGUGUCUGUGUUAAUUUGGAAAUGACGGGGUCGUAUGCUGUUUUAAAAUUACAUGAAUCUCGUUGUCUGUUUACAACAUUGUUGUCUCCUCAUACUUUUAUGUAAAAAGUUUUUGUAGUUAUUCUUGCGUUGUAUCCUGCUCUUCUUUCUAAAAUUUUGGUGUUUUGAAAAUCAAAAAUAUGACCAGUUGCUAAGCUGUGUUGUGCUAAACCAGUUCUCAUUUGUUUCGUUGAUACAUUUGUUUCAUGUUGUUUGAUUCGUUUUUCAAAAAACUGGCUAGUUUCACCAACGUAUGAUUUCUUACACUUUCCACAUUUUAUUUUGAAGACCACAUUAAUGAUUUUAUUUUUUGGAAUUUUAUCUUUUGUUUUUGUUAAAAUUAAGUUUUUUAUUUUGUCUAAUUGCUGGAAAGCAACAUUUAUAUCAAAUUGUCUUAAAAAAAAUUGUAAUUGUAGUAAUCAAUUGUAAUUUGAAAUAUAUUUUAGUGUCCACUGAAGAGGAGCGAACGCAAAGUAGCUUGAAACGUCUGGACAACUGGUAAAAAACAGUUUUUAAUUUGUAAAACUCGCCGAAAAACGUCGAUAAAAUUCAACAACAAUACAUCGCGGCGAUUAACCAACAUUCUUCAUGUUUAGAAAUAAGAUGUCCGCUCUUCUACUUAUAGUUUUUAUUUAUUUAAAGAUUGGAAAAAAAUAAGUAUUAUCCAAAGUAUGCGCAUUUAGCCCGCCUCUCCCCUAUCUCAAAUUAUUAGAAUAGAUCCAAACGCUAAAUGUGCCUGGGCGAUUUUUCUCUCAGACCAAGGGGAACACCAAUGAUCAAUGCGGCUGCUAAAACUUGAAAAGAACUGAUCGAUCGGUGAGGUCAGUUUUAUGAGCCACCAUUUACCCUUUCAUUAUUAUUUUAUGCAAUCAAGCAAUUCAAAGUCAGCUAAAUGGAGACACAAGCAUAAAAACCUGGUAACGGACAUCCAAAACGUAUCCGAUUUAAACUGACUUCAGACGACAUUUUAUACGAUCUUUUCACUAAUCAAUUGGAAUUGCGAUUCGCAACACCAUUAUAAACGACUAAAGUUAUCAUUUCUGCUACGAUUUCAUGUUUGCUAAGUACUAGCUAAGCAACCAACAUUCCAAUACAGUAACAAAACAUAUCUAUUCAGCUUCCAGUGUACUUCUAAUUCAGCUUCAAAAAAAUCGUAAAAUGGGCAAAUAAACUUCUCUCUCUAUUUCAAUUUACCAUGAUGCCACGCACCGAAUUCAGAACUUGACAAAUUACGGUUUGCCGAGAUUUGUUCAAUGCUACUCGAUUGCCUCUUUCUUUCAUUUCCUGUUUAUAUCGCAUCAGAAUGGUCACUCAAGUUAUCAAAUAACUUAUUGGAAAAAAAUAACCGGCUUGGGAAUCGAACCCCAACCUUCAUGGUGACAAUCGAAUACGCUUCAGCAAGGCUACGCUUAGAUGAACUGAAGUUAAAACUCGAAGUGGCGAUAAGUUUUUGUAACAUACCUGCAGGCAUUGCAGUAAGUUGUAAGAUUUUUCAAAUUGUUAGUAAAGUUGAAAUUUAUCGUUUAAAAUAUAAUUUUAGCGUCCAAUGAAGAGGAGAGAAUGCCAUAGUAGCUCGAAACGUAUGGACAACUGGUAAAAAAGUUUAAAUCAUUCGAAAACUCGCCGAAAAAAAAUGAUUAAUUAAUUCACAAUAUAUCGCGGCGAUAAAAAAAAAUCCAUAUAAAUCAUUUGUGUUACUUUCAUGUUCAGCAGUGAGAACAUAUAAUUCACUCAAGGUAAUUGGGCUGAUGAUUCUUUUUGGCUUACUCUACAAGUCACUUGAAUUGGUUUUCCAAAUUUCACCUGACUUCGAUAACCCAUUCAGACAAUAAAUGUCAUUUUGGAUGAUCUGCGAUCUAUCUUCUGAUUUCAUCUAAACUAGCAUAUCUUUCCUGAAAAUUUCAAUGAAGUCAGAACAACGAAGUUACAGAAAGCUUUUCACGUCACGUGACGUGAUUGUUAAACAUAGCACGAAAAUACUGGAGUAUUUUCUGAAUUUGUUUCAACUUCGAUAAGUUAGCUGUUAGACGGAAUCGUUGUUUCAUGAUUGAUAAGAAAAUGUUUAUUGAUAAGCUUAUAAAAAAACCAAAUUUAUAUGAAUCGUUUUUGUUCAUCUAUACAACAUCGAAUCGGCGAUUAUUUCAAUGCACCAAAACCCAUUCCCCAAAAAUUAGUUCACCGAAUUAAAGGAGCGCGUGAGAAAUUUCUUAACCAAACAGAUUUGGAUUGAAGUUUAUCGGAUCUUUUCCAUAAGCCAUGCAACGCAGUUGGCCAAAAACUGCAGAAGAAAAAAGCCAAGAAUCAAAUCAUCCUGUCCUUUUCCCUUCAAAAGUGAGAAAAUCGGUACCUUUUUCCUUGAACGAAAUACCUCAAGAAGUCGAAGUCGACAGCUUAAGCCCGGUUUUGGCUUGGAAAUGGAUUCUAAUUCAAUCUACCCACCACUAGAGGCAAGGCAGAAGCCAGAAAGGCAAAUAUGUGUGUUGCAAAAGUUUUUCUUUUCGAGCAAAAACUGCGGGCUGCGGGAAAUCUGAGUUUGUGGGGGGGAGGGGAGUUGAAUUCGAUGCUUAUAGCGUGCGUAUGUGUUUACUUUUGACACGUUUUCGUGUUCAUAAAAGUUUACACAAACUUUGUUAAAAAGCUGACUGUUUAAUGUUUAUCCACCCACUUUUUCCGUCUACACGAUAAGCUUUGCACACACAAAAGCGUUCACAGACACAGAGGCAAACUUCGGCGGACAUUCAAACACACAUCCAAAUGAUAAGGAUUCUGCAGUCCAUCACCGUACGAAAGUUUAUAAAGUGUGACUUGGAGAAGAUUAAAAGCACUGGGACUAUACUGAGCUGAGGGAAGAACGUAUGAGAGAGAAAAAAAAACGAGCGAGGGAAAGCUGUGCAUAUAGUUGAAAUGCUAUUUACAUGUUGAAAUUUUAUAUCUCAAUGACCGAUCAUGAUUACCUUUGCGAAGGCAAAAAUGCUGAUUUACGAUGAGAAGAAUCUUAUAUAGGAAAGCAAAUAAAACAAGCAGCUCAAUAAUCUUCUCCAACCUAACAAAAAAAAAGACGAGAACGAUAAAAGUGCUGAUAAAAUGUAAAUAAAACUGUACCAUAGCAGAAACCAGAAACAGAAAACCAGAUCAGCAUUAAAUAUAAAUCCGAAGGAAACAUUUUAAGCAUCACUCUAGAAUAAUUGAUAGUUUAUUGCAAACAGUGAAAACAAAUUUUAACUCCAUUUCUGUUACGCGAUUUAAGAGGAAUUGUUGAGGAAGUGAUUCGGAAGUUUAAGAUAAAAAAAGAAACUCGAAACGAGAAAGGAUUUAAAAAAUAAAAAUCUAUAUUAGCUAAACAAUGAUUAAAAAGAAUCUAGAAAAGACAGUGUACAACUAGGUAUGAAAAAGAUGUAUAAAUAUCAGAUGAACGAAAGCAAAAGUCAGACGAGUGAAAUGAAAUAAAAACCAAAAAGCAAAAAAAAGAGAAAUAAAGCCAUUCGAAGUGAAACAUGUAUAUUUAUGAA